CUUGUCCAGGGUGUACCCCGCCUUUCGCCCGUAGUCAGCUGGGAUAGGCUCCAGCUUGCCUGCGACCCUGUAGAAGGAUAAAGCGGCUAGAGAUUAUAUGUUUGAGCACGUUUUUUAUUUUGCAUGCACAAACGAAUUAAAAUACUUUAUUAAAAUUCUCAUCAUAUGGGGUGCCGACUUCAUGAAGGUCUUUGCGAUGGGUAAAAUGGAUUAGAAUUUCAGUAACGGAGAAGUUUGGAUCACUGAUGCUUUGCUAAAGGUGACGUGUGCUAAUUGUUGUUCAUGCUCUUGGGUCAGUUUUUGAAAUGGUUAGAUGUUGGAGUAUUUUUUCAUAUUUUUUUAUAUAUAUAUUUACUGUAAUCAUUCCAGAUUUGUAGGCUUGGUUUUUUUGUUUUUGUACGACACACCAUUUGUUAUCCUGAGGUUUAUGAAGCAGAGCUUUUUUUUUUUCCGUGCUGUAAGCACACUUGUUUAGUGUUAACAAGUGCAAGUUAAUUCAUGUUUAUAUCCAAGUAUACAAAUGUUCACAGCAGUUUGUUUGACUGUUCUUUUUAUAUUUUUGCUACAUGAAAACUGAACAUCAAGAUAAAGAAAUAAAGACAACUUUGUGGCCAUUUUCAUUGCCAGUAAGGCUGCUUGUUCUGCCAUUCGUCAUCAGCUAAAUGCAAAUAUCCUGCUGACUAUUUCCCUGUGCUUUUAUUCCUGUACCAUACACUUAACCUCACUGAACUGGGAUGUUGUAUCAGGUGAGGUUCAUGCUGAACUCUGAAGGGGUUGUGUGUACAUUCUCCUGGUUUAUAAUUGCUGAUUUCUUGUUUACUUCCAGUACUUAGAACUUUUUAUUUGAGGUUUUUUUUUUUUUUUUGCCUGGAGCUGUGACCACCAUCUAUCAGGUGAUCUCGGCAUUUUCAGACACUUUAAGAUGUUACUGCUGGGGUCUUUGCUUUUAGUUGCAGUCUCCAUUACAUGUGCAGAGAGGGACUAUUUUUACAAAUCUAAUUCAACUACAUGGGACGAUGCUAGGCUUCAGUGUCAAGCUUGUUACGAAGACUUAGCCACCAUCACCCCAACAAAUGCUGAGGUUCUCAGUCACAACCUUACUUCGGACUACUGGAUCGGUCUGCGCCAAAAUGUAAGUGGUUCAAAAUUUUGGUCACAAUGGGCUAACGGUGAACCUGUCCUCUACCAGAACUGGUAUCCUGGUCAUCCUAUCCCAAAGAAAAUGCCAGAGCCAGAGCCACAGCCACAGCCACAGCCACAACCACAACCCAUGUGUCCAAUACCACUAACAUAUGACAGUGCAGAUGUGAUGCAGUGCCCAGACUUAGAGAAGCUCUGUGCCUGUCUAAAUUCAUCUGAGGACAAUGAUGUUCCAACUGUGGAAUCCACAGUGGUGUUCCCCACAUCAAGUUUUGUUACAAGCCCAACUCCUACAAUUCUUGCAUCUACAAGUACCAUCAAUAAUGUUUCAGAGCCUGAAUAUAUUGAGGAUUCCUGUGUGGUCCUGCUCAGCUUUGGUAUGUGGCAGGAAAAGCAGUGUGAUGAAUUACUGCCCUACAUCUGCUAUGAUGAUCGAUUUUAUGGUGAUAUUGAAAUCUCCAAUGUGACUAAAAGCAGAGGUGUUCUGAGUUGGAGUAAGAAGGCAGACGCAAAUAUCUCUCACUACAGAGUAGAGAUCAAUGGGACUCAAAGAGAAAAUGUUACGAAUGCAACAAGUUACCAGAUUGAAUUCCUGUCUCCUGGAACGCUUUACAGAGUGCAGGUAAUCCCUGUGAGGUGUGGCCGGAACCUCAACGCUCAGAAUAUCUCCUUCUACACAUUGCCAGAAGGGAUCAGAAAUCUCACCAACACGAGUGUGGAAACAAAUGUAGUUCACCUCAGGUGGACAAAAUCAAAUGGAACUAAUGUAUCCUACUUCGUAAAUAUCACAGAAGGCAAUCAAACAAAAACUUAUUCUACUGAUUACUCUGUAGACAAUCUACAACCAGGACAAAUGUACAAUUUCACAGUUCAAGCUGUGGUCAAUGGAACCGUUUUUGGAGAGCCAGGCUCCAUUAGUGUUUGCACCAGGCCUUCUAAAGUGAUGAACCUGAGCUCUUCAAACAAUGACAGUACCACCAUAACAGCAGAGUGGACUUCAUCUGAUACCAAUAGCUUGCAAUACGAGUAUAAAAUUAUUCUGAGUAGUGAAAGUCACAUAAUUCACAUAAUAAGCGUCAAAAGUUCUACAACCAAACUCUUGGACACCCUCAAACCUGGUACUAACUACACAUUAAACGUGUUGGCAACUGAACCAGGCUGCUCCAUGGAAGGAGAGGCAGUUUCCAUCCCUGCCUACACCACACCAGAUCCAGUGACAAACCUUUUACUGACGAGUACAUCUGACAAUAUUAAUGCAACCUGGAACCAUCCGAAUGGAAGUUUUUCUUGGUUCAGUGUGACUAUCUCUAGCAACAUGUAUCAGAACAGCUUAUCUUCUUCAUACACUACAAUCCAACUGCAUUAUACUUUCAGAGGUCUGCAAGCAGCAGCGUUGUACAAUGUUAGUGUCGUUACAUACGUGAAGAAUGACAUGAAUCCAAGUGUUGAAGUCAGGAAGAUGAUUUAUACCAAACCCACUAAACCUGGUAACGCCAGUGCAAAAACCUUAAGCAAUACUUCGGUAAAUUUAAUGUGGGAAAGUCCAAAUCAAUCAGAAAAUCUUAAAAACAUUCAUUACAUUGUGGACUAUCUUUCUGUAUUUUGGAAAGAGUCCAAAACACUGGACGUAUUUGGAAAUAACUCUGUCAUCAUUGGUGGAUUAAAAUCUGGCAGCAAAUAUGAAUUUAACAUCAAAGUCAAGGCUGGAAAUGAGAUUAGUGAUCCCUCUUCCACCACUGGAUUCACAGACACCAAUUGGAGAACUCUAUCCCUUACAAUGAUGUGUUCCUCUUCCACACAACUUUUCUGCAUGGAAAACACCACGAGCCAAAGUGUCCUCACAGAGAUGAAACAACUUAUUCGAGCACAAAUGGGCGAUGGUAUUGCCUGGAAUCUUACUUCAAUUAACUGAGGUUGAUAUCAGCGAAGAAGGCAUAAAAUGCAACACAAUUUUUGCUUCUCUAAUAUUAGUUUCAUGUUUUCUGUGUCUUAGACUUAUCAAAGCAUAGUGGUAUAAUCAUUUUUAGUAUAAAUACGGAGGUGAUUUAUAGAAAAACGCAUGCAGUGAUUGGUCGAGAAAUUCAGACUAUUUCUUGAUAAUCACCUCGAGUGACUUGGCAAAAUGGUGGCCAAUCACUUUAUCAUUAUAAGUGAGGAAGAAUUAGAGAUGAUGAAAGAAAACGCUGUUCCUAAAAACACUAAAGAUGCUACGAAGUUUGGUUUAAAACUAUUCAAAGGUAAAGUGGAAUUCUGGUUUAUUUUAUCUGUUUCUAAACAAAGUAUUUCAUGUGACUCGGCAUAGAUAAGUCACAAGUCUACAUGCAUUACAUCUGCAUACCGCUUUUGAAGUUUGAAAUAAAUUAUUUUUUAAUUUUUUUUUUUUUAAAUAAUCACCUGUGUAUUUACACUACCGUUCAAAAGUUUGGGGUCACCCAGACAAUUUUGUGUUUUCCAUGAAAAGUCACACUUUUAUUUACCACCAUAAGUUGUAAAAUGAAUAGAAAAUAUAGUCAAGACAUUUUUCUGGCCAUUUUGAGCAUUUAAUCGACCCCACAAAUGUGAUGCUCCAGAAACUCAAUCUGCUCAAAGGAAGGUCAGUUUUAUAGCUUCUCUAAAGAGCUCAACUGUUUUCAGCUGUGCUAACAUGAUUGUACAAGGGUUUUCUAAUCCUCCAUUAGCCUUCUGAGGCAAUGAGCAAACACAUUGUACCAUUAGAACACUGGAGUGAGAGUUGCUGGAAAUGGGCCUCUAUACACCUAUGGAGAUAUUGCACCAAAAACCACACAUUUGCAGCUAGAAUAGUCAUUUACCACAUUAGCAAUGUAUAGAGUGGAUUUCUGAUUAGUUUAAAGUGAUCUUCAUUGAAAAGAACAGUGCUUUUCUUUCAAAAAUAAGGACAUUUCAAAGUGACCCCAAACUUUUGAACGGUAGUGUACACUAAAACAAUUAUCCACCUCAGGCUCAGUGAAUAUCUGUGAAUAAUAACCUCGACUUCAUCUCAGUUAUUAUUCACCGAUAUUCACUUUACCUUGAGCAAAUAAUUGUUAAAUAUACAGUAACUCCAUAUCUACUUACAUUUAUGUAUCUACUCCUAAUAUAAGAUUUAUACAGGACAUAAUCCUUUAAGUUUCUCAUAAGUACAUACUAAGGACUACAGUGGUGCUUGAAAGUUUGUG